UACACACCACAAUGGCCAAGAGAAGAGCUGACGAGUCCGAUUCCGAAAUCGACGUGUCGUCGACCGAUUCCGAAAACGAAGAAUUAGAAGAGGGGGUGGAGGACAAUGUAGACGUUGAUUUUGACUACUUUGACCUCAACCCGACCGUGGAUUUCCACGCCACCAAGAACUUUAUCCGUCAGUUGUUUGGUGAUGAUGCCAACUACUUCGAUAUCUCCCAGUUGGCAGACUUAAUCUUACAGGAUGGCUGCAUAGGAACGACUAUCAAGACCGACGGCCAGGAGAGUGACCCCUUCGCGCUCCUCUCGGUCAUAAACAUGACACAGCACCACAGCAACAAGGCAGUCAAGACAAUCAACGACUAUCUCCUUAGGAAGACAGCGAAGCAGACCGCAUUUAAUUUAAGUUUGCGCAAGCUCUUGUUGCCACAAUCCAAGUUCAAGGUUGGACUCAUCGUCAGCGAGCGCUUGAUCAACAUGCCGGUGGAGGUGGUGCCACCGAUGUACAAGUUGUUGAGUAGUGAGUUGCAGGCAGCGGAGGAGGCGCAUAAUGAGGAGUAUGCGUUUGACCACUUUGUGGUGGUCUCCAAGGUCUACGAGAUGGUCAAGAGUACCAUGGAUGACGACGACGCCCCGAAGAAGAAAAAGAAGGUUGCAGAAAACGCAGCGCCUGAGAUGGACUACUACCACUACGAAGACAUGGUUUUGGAGCUGCAUGCCCUCUUCAAGGGCACCUUUGCCUACGACAAAGCCGGUGAGGUCAUGACCCCGGAUGCCAGACGCGUGUUCAACGACUAUGGGAUCGAUCCGAAGUUGAGCAUUAUGCUCUUGAAAAAGUCCGAGUUGGAGAAGUGUGUGCCAGAGAUGGAGGAGAAGUUUCCACCAUUCUAGUGCAACCUAUGUAAACUAAGAUAAAGACGCUGAAGGUGCCAAAUCAACAAGCAUCCUACAUGGUCGAGAU